GCUAACCAGUCUUGCCCUGCACCUUCUAUCGGGGAAGGGAGGCUCGUAAGAGCAACUCCACUGGGGCGAUUCAAACGAAUACGGAUUUUGUCUGUUUUUUGUUUAUUUGGAUCAUCUGUCCGCCUAUGGGACAUGAGGUGGACAAAUGCGGCUGAUGGAUCCACCGAACGCGCAACACAUAAAAAGCGGACAAACGGUCGGGCCAUUCCCUUCUCUGCUUCCUCUCCCGUGCGUGUCGACGGUGCCUUCACCCUUUGCUCCGGCCGUUGCCGGCUGGCUCCGACGCCGCCACGCCCUGGCGCUGCUCCCUCCCCGAGCUUGCUGCGCCGUGCCCGCCCGAGCUCGCCGCGCCCGCUCCCUUCCCGAGCUCGCCGCGCCGUGCCCGCCCGAGCUCGCCGCGCCCGCUCCCUUCCCGAGCUCGCCGCGCCCGGCCCUGAGCUCCCCGCCCCGCUCCCUCCUCGAGCUCGCCGCGCCUGCAGCUUUUGGCGGUGCGAGCGCCACAGCUGCCUCUCCUUCCUCUCGCGCCAUGGUCCCGCGCCGCCGGACAGACAGACCGCUCCGACGGCCCGCAGGCGGCCGCGGCCCAGUAUCCCGUUGUGCUCCAGGCUGGCCAGGUCCCAAGAGCGUCGCCGGGGACGCAGAACGGAGGAGGAGUGUCGGAGAUCUCCCUGUCACCCGCUUGCCGUUCCGCGAGAUCUCCUCGCUGCUCUGCUCGGUUCAGCGGCUUGCGUCGGUGGCUUCGCCGGUGAGCACUACGGCGGCUUGCGCCGGUGGCGCCUCGGGUGAGCGCCGCGGCGGCCUGUGCCGGUGGCCUCGUCGCUGUGGUUGUGGAGGCAGUGUUGGGUCACUGAUAGGCGGGUCCAGGCCGGACACGAGAGGGCCGGAGGCGGACGAGAGCGAGCGAUGGGAGCGUCCGCUUUUGUCCAUCGCGGACCCAUUUCUUCCUAUAUUUGCGUUCAGUUUGGGUCCGGGACGGACAGUACGCGGACAGCGGGCAGACGCUUUGUCCGUUUGGGUCGCCCUGUUGGGCCAUCUUUUCUGUCCGGAUGAUCCGAACGGACAAAAUGGGUCGUCCCAUUGAAGUUGCUCUAAGACCUCGUUUGACAGAGAAGGUUUUGCAGCCCCGGAGUGGAGCAAAUACCCGUUGGCCCAUUUGGUCCCCGGGGUUUGACGGCCCAACCCUCCCGAUUCCCCGUUGAUCCAUCAGUUUCCAGGCGCUACAGAACCCUCGAGGCCCCCCUCCAGGAUUUGCCCGACUCACGCCGCCGCCUGACCCGACCGCCGACUCCUCCCUAAGACGCCGCGCCGCCUCGACGCCGGCGAUCUCCUCCGGCAUACUGGACUUCUCCCCGGUGAUUGGAGCAAGAAGACUGAUGUGAAAAGGGAGACAUCGCCUGGCAUGAUCAAAAAGGAGAUUUUGCGUGUAGAAGUAGAGCUGAUGAAGUGAAGUGUACCAGCUAAUUCCUAUGUUGGUUCUCAGUCACCAAAAGAAGCAACAAUAAACAACCUGGAUGGAUAAAUUUCUCUCGGGUUCUCAAAGCUAGAUGAUCAUGACACCACAAGAUGGAUACAUGUGUCUGCACGUUGUUGAAAUGAACUAUUGUUGUCGUAAUGAAUUGUUGUUGUCGAAGAUCACGUUGUUUGAUAAAUUAUGAUUGCUGAGAUUUGAGAUUCGAAGUCACGCUGUUAUGAUAAAUUAUGUUCUUGCUGUGAUGAGAUAUUGAUUUCAAAUCGUGCAAAAUUAUGUUGCUUCUAAAUUA